AUGGGGAGUGUCGUUACAGGCGCAAUGCGGUUGUCGGGAUGUAAGGAGGAAUGGCGACGGUCGAGAGGGUUUUGGAGGCCAGAGCGGAGCUGGAUUUGACCAACAGAUGCGGAUUAGAGGCUUGAAUCUUGUCAUGUUCAACUAAAAUCCCAAAAUGGAAACUGAAGUUACAGUGUCCUCCUCAUCGAGCAUCGUCUCAUCCUCCGCUCCAAAGACUUCAACCAGUCAGGCCAACCUGGCAGCAAAACAGCGAGACAGCAGAAAGUCUACAACUCCUGCCUUUCUGUCCAACCUGGGCAGGGCCACCCUGCGGGGCAUUCGCAAAUGCCCUCAGUGUGGUAUCUACAAUGGCACCCGUGGCCUCAGCUGCAAGAACAAAGCCUGUGGGGUGUCCCUGCGAAAUGCCACAGCAGCAGGUCGAAGCAGCAGGAAGUGUGUGGUGGAGGUGGUGAAAGUGAUCAUUGACAGCGAGGAGAGAUCGGGGAAGGAGCCUGAGGGAGGAGGGGAGGUCCUGGGUGGUUGCUCAGCUGGGGGAGCGCAGGUGUUUUCAGUGUGUCACAGAGGAAGAGGAGCUACAGCGACACAGUGGGGCUUCGUUGAGUUUGUUCCCACUGAUACUGCAAUAGCUACUGGGGAUGGGGCCACCCUGCUCACCCGCAUCAACCUGGGCCGCUGCUUUUUGCCCUCUUGCAGGCAGGGUCAGAGGUCAAAUCAGGGUGAACCAGAGUCGGUGGCAGCCAAACAGUCCUCCGACAGCCUCUGCAUUCACAUCAAGCAAGCCAUUGAGUGUCGGAACCGUGCGACGCCGCUGACUUUAAAGAGCUCCAUCCUGGAGGGCUUGCAGGCCUCCAUUCAAGCCAGAGAGGAGCUGUGGAGGCUGGCCACAGAGUCUCCCGGGCCCCUGGUGCAGCGUGUCUCCAAAGACACCCUGGUAGUGAAGUGCCACACGGACUCCCACCAUCCUCUGGGCCUGCUGCAUCUCACUGUGGGUGCAGGGGGGCUGUCAGACCCCUUAAAGAGUGACAGAAGUGUUUUUCACUGUGCCUGUCAGGUUAGCACGAGAAGAAACAAAUCUGGUGUUGAUGGGGCAGGUGGAUCGGUCAGCUCUCACUCUUCUUCCAGCUCAGUCAUAGCCCAGCCUUGCCUUCACUUCUACGCCUGUGUGUGUGCCUUCGCAAGUGAUGAAAAACUGGCAUCAGAGUUUGCAGCUUUCAUCAACUACACCUCCAGCGGUGUGCAGCAGAAUGCUACCUGUAGAAUAAUAAGUCCUGGUGAGAAGCCUUCGCAGCAGACUGAACCCGUCAACUCUCAUCACAAAGCCAAGAAACCCCGCCUGGACGACUCUGUCUCUGCCCUCUCAGUGGCCUCUCCCUCUGGACUGGUGAAGGAGGGAGUGUCGGCCUCCUGCCUGAGGAAAGCUGCUCAGAGGAAACACCCUGGUGCUGGUGGGCUGAAGGCUCCAGGGAGCACUCAGGUGGUGGAUGAGCGAACCGUAAUGAUGGGCUUCCAUCAGUGGCUGGCUGGUGUCACAGAGAGGAUCCACCAGACGAUGCACUACCAGUUUGAUGGGAAACCACAGCCUCUGGUUUAUCACAUUCCCCAGGAGUUCUUUAAUGCUCUGCAGCAGCGUCUGUCGCUUGGAUCAAAGAAGAGGAGACUGCCCACCUUCACAACAGCAUUUGUGAGAAAUGACGGACUUCCUCUGGGCUCCUUCUCCAAGUACACCUGGCACAUCACCGACCUGAUGCAGGUCAAACACAUCUUUGACACUCCAGAGCUGCCAAUGGAGGUCACUCAGAGUUUUGUGAAAAAUGUAGAUGGUUCUUACUCAUGUUUCCGCUGUCCUGAGCCGCCGCCUGAGCCAGAAUUACCGGAGGGAUACAAGACGGAUCGGCCGCAGGCGAUACGACCGAUGGAGCUCCGCACCUUCCUCAAAGUUGGACCAGGUACAGAAGAUCAGAAGGAGGCAGUUCCGUUUGUGAUCGAGUGGAUCCCCGACAUUCUCCCCCGCUGCCAGAUGGGAGAACUCAGGAUCAGCUUUGAAUUUGGCCACCAGCAGAGCGGUCAGCCUGAGUUCUACGACAAAAUGAGCAUGACAGAGAAAGGAGGACGCAACAAAUCAGACUGUGUCCAACCCAAAUUCACCAACGCUGUAGAGAUUCUCAAGGUAAUUGUCUAAAGGCCCCCCACUGUCCUCCCUGUUACACAGUGUUACAAUCUGCAAUAACCAACCUAGCAUACAAAUUAUGUGACUUAUAUCCAUGUAUUAUUACUAUUAUUAAUAUUAUGCAAUUUAUGGAUAAUCAAUUGCCACGUGAAUCACACAGUACAUUAUGGAGCAGCUGCAUGUUUGUACAGUCUAGUCUGUAAUUGAGCUUUCAUCGUAAUGCUAAAUAUUUUUUUAAAUUACCUCAACCCUUUUUCUCCCAAUAUUGAUCAUACAAUCAGUGAAAACAUUUAAAAACGCCACAAAACAAAAUUAUUUACAAGGUAAAUCCUAUUAUCCUGUUUGUUUUGCUGUGUAAACAUUAGGAAAAUAAAACAUAUCUAAUAGUUAAAAUGUCUCUGCCAAAGACAUAUGUGUAAAUGUUUUGGACGGAACAUUUUUAGCCUCUUUGAUCUGAACUGAAAUAUCUCAACAGCUAUUAGACAGAUCAAUAUGAAAUCUAAUGACACCGGGGGUGUGGACUUACUUCUAAAGCCACCCUGAGCUUGACAUUUUUGGUUUUUACCAUGUCUCAUAAUUAUAAUAAUGCAAAUGAUUCCUUGUAACAUUCCUGGUAACAUUUUGAUCGAUAAUUGUUAAAAUUUCUCUUUAGUUGUUGAUUCAAGUCCUUAAAAGCUCAUCUCUGUGCAUCAAAGUCAUCUGUAUUCACACAUUUUUUCCAUGAAAAAAUCCCUUUACGCCUUAAAAUGUCUUACAUGUAACUGUAUACCCCCAGAAUGUCUCUCCACUCACUGCUCACUCAUGAUAUGUCCUCUAGUAUACUAAGAAACACCAUGUUGAUGAGGUAAACAAUGUGAUUUUCACUAGAGAUGAUCUUUAAAUUGUCCACUAUUUUCAUCAGUCUUAGAUGUACUUUGUGUUUGUUGGUGUGGCUGUAGAUAAACACACAUAAGAUACUUAAUAAUGACUUUGAAGGUGAAGCUGAAAUAUAAACCUUCGAACAGAAGAUGUAAUUAUGCAACAGACAACUGAGAAAACACAUGCCAAUUAAGAAAAUCUAAUCAUUUCACAACACGAGCAUUUAGAAAAAAGUGAAAUUAGCUGAAACUGCGACACACACACACAUACAUUUUCAAGGGGUGCUAAAGGGGUGCUAAAAAUGGUGGUCAUGCUUCAUGUUGCCACGGUGACUCAUGAAGUUACUGAAGUGAACUAUCCAUCAACGGUGAAGGAAAACGUUAGUCCAACCACAAUGUCCACACUCACUGACUUUGAUAUGUGUUCCUGCUGAGUGUAUGAAGACUGUCCCUCUGUCUGAUGUUGAUUAUUCAACAUGUUAUCUGCCCUUUGUGAGUCCACAAAUCUGCAAACGUUCUUGAGGAAUUUGUCCAUAAGUAUGCAAAAGUAAACAUGGAUGAUACAGGUAAGAAAUCUGCCAAGAAGUGUAUCUGUAAGUGAAAACAUCAGGCUGCUCACUGUUGCAGUUACUUAAUGCACCUCUGUGGAGUUGUUUGUGUUUUUCAAUAAACAUCUGCAGAGAUUCA